CAUUCUUCCAGCCUCCACCUGUUUCUUUCCUCUUUAAAAUCCGCGGCGGCGGUGGGAGAGAGAGAGAGAGAGGGAGAGAGAUUCUCAGAUCGGCGAUGGCUUCGUCCAAAGAGCGGGAGAACUUCGUCUAUAUCGCCAAGCUUGCCGAGCAGGCCGAGCGCUACGAAGAAAUGGUGGAUUCGAUGAAGAAGGUCGCGAAUCUGGACGUUGAAUUGACGGUUGAGGAGAGGAAUUUGAUCUCUGUAGGCUACAAGAAUGUGGUUGGGGCUCGGCGAGCGUCCUGGAGGAUACUGUCGUCGAUUGAGCAGAAGGAAGAGUCGAGGGGGAGCGAUCAGAAUGUCAAGAGGAUCAAGGAGUACAGACAAAAGGUUGAAUUGGAGCUUACCAACAUUUGCAAUGAUAUCAUGACCGUGAUUGACGAACACCUCAUUCCUUCGUGUGCCGGUGGAGAAUCAACCGUGUUUUUCUAUAAAAUGAAAGGGGACUAUUAUCGGUAUCUUGCUGAAUUUAAGACUGGUAAUGAGAGGAAAGAGGUUGCUGAUCACUCAAUGAAAGCAUAUGAGACGGCAACCACUGCUGCAGAAGCUGAGUUGCCUCCUACACAUCCCAUCCGGUUGGGUUUAGCUUUGAAUUACUCAGUCUUUUAUUAUGAGAUUAUGAACUCACCUGAAAGGGCUUGUCACCUUGCAAAGCAAGCUUUUGAUGAAGCCAUUUCAGAGCUUGAUACUUUGAACGAGGAAUCAUACAAGGAUAGCACCUUGAUUAUGCAGCUCCUUAGGGAUAAUCUGACUUUGUGGACUUCUGACAUACCAGAGGAUGGAGACGAUGCCCAGAGGACCGAGGGGACAGCCAAAGUUGGAGGGGCGGAGGAUGCAGAUUGAAUCGCUGGGUAGGCCCAGAAACCUUCAGAGCUGCUAUGUGAUAGAUUCAGCAAGGGGGAUGAGGUCUUUCUUGCGCCGUGGGGUGCGUGUUGUGUUAUGCUGUGUUAUAUGUUUUUUCUUUGUGAGGAGUCAUUGCAUUUGCAGUUUGGAUGACAAUAGUUGUUGUCGGUGGACAUGAUUUGAUAUGCAGCCCCCAUUCCCCAGAAGGUAGUAGAAAUUGAAUUAGAGGAUUGCUUUGGAUGAAAGGCUUGCUUUUGGUUUUUAACCAAUUGUGACUGCCAUUGCUCAGAUCAUGGAGCUAUAUAUAGUGUCUGGUUUCCUUAUAA